AUGGACCAAAACGCAGGCACUGGCAGGGAGGCCGAGCACGGCUAUUCGGAGAAGGCGAAGGCCCGAAAGAGCGGGCCCAGCCUGCUGAGAAAGAGCGAAGAAUUGGCGGACAAGGCAAAUGUGUUUGCCGCCGCGAUCUACUGGGAACCAACACACAAAUGCCACCGUAUCGCGGCGCGGUUGCCCGAAGGGGAAACCCUGCCAGACCUGAAUAAACUUGUCGCCGAUGCGUUGGCCGGGCGUCUACCAGAGCCCCUUGCGCAGCCUAAGAAAAAGAAAGUACCUUCCGGGCCACGUGCGCAUGCGGCCGGAGCAAGUCGGCGGACUGCCAAGACACAACAAGUACAGCAACCACUACGACGUAGCGCCAGAAUGCACCAAACAAGGGGUCCAGACGCGAUCGGCGACGAUGUGUACACGUUCAGAGGAGACAGUGAAGGCGCGCGGGAAGCAGAGACUACCAAUGGCGGCAGCAGCGGCAGCGGCAGCGGCAGCAGGUGCCCCGGCAGUGACUUCGGCAGCCACCGUGGCUUCGACUCCGUCCUCGAGUGGGCUCCUGUUGGCUCAGACCAUGAAGGUUCCGUUCAUCGCCAAUCCGACCUGGGUUGUGCUGCUAAGCCAGGUGGAGGCGCUGGAGGCGCUGCCCAUUGUUCCCCUCCAGGCUCAAUGGAGACUUCGGCAAUGGAGGGCGCCACGCAAGUAUUCGAACAGUCUGCUGAGGCAAUGGAUCUCCUCGAUGAGUCAUGUUACAAUGACCUUGGUGUGGACAUGACCGUCACCGAAGUAGCAGCAGCACAUUCACCAGUGGCCAUUGCUCGGCGAGAUGAUGCCAGCGCAGCCGCGCUGCCACAGCCAGAACAUCAGCCCGUUUCCACGCAUGCAUCACUGCCGAGAACGGGGAUGGCCGCGACUGACGCGUGGCGUAGGAUGGCACAGGAUGCCUUGGGAACAGUGAACCUCUUGCUGGCGUCGGAUCCCAGAAGCAUGCAGGCCGGAUUGGGCAUGCUACCGUUGCAGCAAGGGCGGGUGCUGCAAGGCCAGCUUGCGAUUCAUUAG